AAUGGGAAUAUCUUAAAGGUGAAGCAGCUGAUCAAUAGUGGUAUCAACAAGAACACGGUGUUACACAGUCCUAUACGAUGGGAGGGGGCUACUGUGCUUGGUACUGCUGCAUACUCGGGGAAUCUAGAGAUCGUGAAAUUUUUACUAGAUGCUGGAGCUUCUAUCAACUUUCAGGAUCCAUGUUUGGCACGAAAUGCCUUACACUGGGCUAGUAUGGGAAGGGGGACUGAUGUGGUGAAAUAUUUAUCGGAAUCAGGAGCUAAUAUCAACUGUUUGGAUCGUGAUAAUAUGACUCCACUGUUACAAGCUGCUAUGAAUAAACAUAGUGAUUCUGUGUGUAUAUUAGUCCAACAAGGUGCUGAUGUAGAU